AUGGCGUACGACAUGUCGAGCGGGUAUGCGCCGCCGAGCACAAGCAACAUGCAAGAGGAUGCCUCGCUCCCCAUGUUCAACAUCGAGCGCGUGUCUCUGCAGUUCAACAUAUCCUCUGACUUUGUCGCCGCUGCGGUAGCAAAUAAUGUUCUGAUCCUGGCUCUCUCUACCGGUCGUAUUCUGCGUAUAGAUCUGGAUAGUCCUGCAGACAUAGAUGAUAUUGAUCUGCCCAAGAAGCCCUCGGAGAUUGGCGUUAUCAAGCGCCUUUUCCUAGACCCCUCCGCAUCCCAUCUCAUCGUAACCACUACCCUCGCCGAGAACUAUUAUCUCCACACACAGUCGCGGACGCCGAAGGCAUUGUCGAGAUUGAAAGGAGUUGUCAUCGAGAGCAUAUCAUGGAAUCCCUCGCAACCGACCGCUUCAACGAGGGAGAUUCUGAUUGGAUCCUCAGACGGCAAUGUGUAUGAAGUUUAUAUUGAGCCCUCGUCCGAGUUUUACAGGAGAGAAGAGCGGUACCUGAAGAGCGUAUACAGAACAAACGAUGGCCCUGUAACAGGUCUGUGGACAGACAUGGUGCCUGGGCGGUCGGAUCUGCGCCGCAUCAUUGUCGCUACGCCCUCCACAUUCCUACAUUUCUCUGGCAAAGUCGGACGCCAAGGAAACGAGGGAAGCGGAUCCAUCUUCUCCAAACUCUUCGAAAGCGAGUCUGCCACCGUACACGAAGUGUCGAAUGUGGCUCCUACAGCGACCUCUUUGCUGGCUGUCUCUCCGGAAAACCAAGAGAACCCCAACAGAGAGGACCUACAGACGGAGAGAGUAUUCGGUUGGCUGACAUCACAAGGCGUGCUGCAUGGAAAACUGUACUUAUCACAAGAUACUUCUGAGCUUGGUGGCAAAGUUCUUGGUGACGCGAGGAUGCUACCCCGAUCCCAGAUACCACCUUCACAAACUGCUAGUGGACGCGCUCGCAGGACGCAAGAGGCCGUCACUUCUAUGGUGUUAAGUCAGUGGCACAUACUCCAACUUGUCGAAGGUAGGAUCGUAGCCAUCAAUCGCCUCGAUGAUACCGUUGUUCUCGAUCAGGUGGUGCUUGACCAAGGACAAAGUGCAUUAGGGCUGGUGGCAGACCUGAAGAAGAACACAUACUGGCUCUUUACGACCCAAGAGAUUUUCGAAGUCGUCGUAACGGAUGAGAGUAGAGACGUCUGGAAGAUCAUGCUCAAGUCACAACAGUUCGAGGCGGCAUCGCAGUAUGCUAAAACACCAGCGCAAAAGGAUGCGGUAGCUACAGCAUCUGGUGAUUACCUCGUCGGCAAGAACCAAUACAUGGAAGCAGCGACCGUCUACGGGCGAAGCACAAAACCCUUUGAACAGGUUGCACUAACAUUCAUCGACAAUGGCGAGCAAGAUGCCCUGCGGAAGUACCUGGUCACCAAACUGUCAACGUUGAAAAAAGGUGCCAUCAUGCAACGGAUUAUGGUGGCUGUGUGGCUGAUUGAGCUCUACAUGGCGAAACUUAACACGUUAGACGACACUAUCACAACAAAAGCAGAACUCUCCGAGAGCAUGAACACUGCUGAGACUCAUGACCAGCUCUCAGUGAUCCGGAAAGAGUAUCAGGAUUUUGUAUCAAAGUACAAAGGAGAUCUGGAUCGAAAGACGGUAUACGACAUCAUCAGUAGCCACGGCCGGGAAGAAGAAUUGUUGUUCUUUGCGACAGUUGUGAACGACUACAACUAUGUGCUCUCAUACUGGGUCCAGCGCGAGCGCUGGCAAGAAUCAUUGAGUGUUCUCAAGAAACAGACAGACCCAGAGAUAUUCUACAAGUACAGCUCUGUUCUCAUGGCGCAUGUGCCAGUCGAGCUUGUUGACGUUAUGAUGCGGCACUCCAAUUUUGAUGCGCAGAAGCUCAUCCCGGCUUUCCUCAACUACAACAGCCAGACCAAGGUCCCGUUGAGUCAAAACCAGGCCGUCCGUUAUCUCCUCUUUGAGAUCAACCAACGCAACUCAACAGAUGCGGCAAUUCACAACACUCUCAUUUCCAUCUACGCAUCACAUUCCACGAAGGAUGAAUCAGCGCUGCUCGCCUACCUGGAAGGCCAAUCGCUUGCUCACGAGCAAAACUACGACGCCGACUUUGCCCUUCGCCUUUGCAUCCAACACAAGCGUGUCCAGUCAUGCGUGCACAUCUACAGCUCGAUGCAGCAAUACGUGCAAGCCGUGGACCUAGCCCUGAAAUAUGACGAGGUAGACCUCGCAUCUUCCGUCGCCGACCGGUCAAAUACUGAGCCUGCUCUUCGCAAGAAGCUCUGGCUCGCCAUUGCCAAAAAGGUCAUUUCCCAGUCGAGCGGCAUCAAGACCGCGAUUGAAUUCCUACGCCGCGUCGACCUUCUUCGAAUAGAAGAUUUGAUACCUUUCUUCCCCGACUUUGUCGUCAUUGACGACUUUAAAGAAGAGAUUUGCGCAGCCCUCGAAGACUACAGCCGCAAAAUUGAUAAUCUCAAACAGGAAAUGGAUGAUAGCGAGGCAACUGCUACACAUAUCAAAUCCGACAUCAAGGCUCUUGAACAGCGAUAUGCGAUUGUUGAACCGGGUGAACGCUGCUACGUCUGCGGCUUGCCACUGCUGGCGCGUCAGUUCUUUGUUUUCCCCUGCCAACACGCGUUCCAUAGCGAUUGUCUGGCUAAGAGGGUGGUGGAGCUCGCGGGGAUUGCGCGUGGGAAGCGCAUUGCUGAGUUGCAGGUUGAAGUGCAGAAGGGGAUUAAGACGGGGGCGAGUAGGGAGAAGGCGAUUCGCGAGCUGGAUGCGCUUGUGGGGAGUAGCUGUGAGCUGGCUGUCAAACUCGUUAACGAACCGUUUAUCAGCGCGAAUGACGACAAGGACGAAUGGGCGCUUUGA